UAAAGUUGAGUGGGUGAAGGAGGUUCUGUCUGUAGCAUUUCUUCAAGACCAUGCGCAGAGACCGGUGGAUACUGAAGCGGUGAGAAUAAUUGUGGCACUUUCUCCCGAUGUGGCUGGAAGAAACAUGAUCAAUGGCUCUUUUGAGGAAAAUAAACCAUAUCCUGCUCAUGUUGCUGGUUCUCAUAGUGUGUCUACUCCUGCAUAGUAAGCUGUUCAGAGGCCUGUCUCAGCCCAAACUCAAACUCACAGAAACCAGGAAGUACCCAGAGCGUGCGCCCAAAGUUCCUGUGGAGAAGGCUGCGGAGGGAGAGGAUGACAUCCCAGUGGUCAUCUGUGCUGCGGAGGAACGCAUGGGCGGUGCCAUGGCAACCAUCAACAGCAUCAAUAGCAACACAGAGGCCAUCGUGUUCUUCUAUAUUGUCACUCUUCGUGAUGCCAUCAAGCUGACAAGACAGUACAUAGAGAAGACCAAGCUGAAGGGCAUCAAGUAUAAGAUUCUGGAGUUCAACCCCAUGGUUCUGAAAGGGAAGGUGAAACCAGACUCCUCCCGACCAGAUCUGCUGCACCCACUCAACUUUGUACGCUUUUACUUGCCGCUCCUUGAUAUCAGCCACAAGAGGGUGAUCUACUUAGACGACGAUGUCAUUGUGCAAGGUGACAUCAAGGACCUGUACCAUACCAAGCUGGAGAAAGGCCAUGCUGCUGCCUUCGCCACAGACUGUGACCUGCCCUCCACCCACGAAAUGGUGCGCAGUGUGGGCAUGCAGACAACAUACAUGGGCUUCCUGGACUACAGGAAACAGGAAGUGAGGGACCUGGGGAUCAACCCCAGCGACUGCUCAUUCAACCCUGGGGUGUUUGUGGCCGACAUUGGGGAGUGGAAGAAACAGAAGAUCACCAAACAGCUGGAGAAAUGGAUGGAGGAGAACUUCAGGGAAAACAUAUACAGCAGUGCCAUGGCAGGGGGCGUGGCGACUCCUCCGAUGCUGAUCGUGUUCCAUGACAAAUACACAAUCAUCGAUCCUCUGUGGCACGUCCGACACUUGGGCUGGAGCCCAGACACCCGCUACUCUGAGACCUUCCUCCAGGGGGCGCACCUGCUGCACUGGAACGGCCGCUUCAAGCCCUGGGACUACCCCUGUGUCCAUCUGGACCUGUGGGAGAAGUGGUUCAUCCCAGACCCCACCGGGAAAUUCUUGUUGGUACGGCCCGAGGGUUAAAUCUGAGAGAUGUUGAACAGAUGGUUGUGUAGGGUGAUGUCUGGCAUUUCAGACUGUGAAUGGAGGCUGUGAACAGUAAUUAUUGUGGAGGCCUCUUUCUGAUACUAAGUCCUAUUGCUGUUUUAACAUCUUUUGAGAUGGUAUUUCUUUGAGGGUUCCUAUCAGAAACGGCUUCAAGAACUCCAAGCCAGACAAAUACAGAAAAUUGCUGUAUCAAAAAUGUAUGUGGUCGUUAUGAGAUGAGUGAGCAUAAUUGUAUUGAUUGUUUUGACUUGAAACUCAACAAUGUGAUCUCUUUUAAAGCUUUUUUCUGAAUAAAAAGCAGGAGAUUUGACUGUGGAACGUCUGAAAUGGCUGACUAUU